AAGUCACGCGAGGAAGAGGAAGAAGAAGCCCCGACCUAAAUCGUAAUACGCAGUUAGUUGUUGGGUCUCUAUGAAUUAGCGUUACUCUCCGAGAAGUAAUGGUUAACUGUGGCGGACUUUGGAUGCUGCUGUCCACAUCUUCCACGCCGCUGUACGGGGUCGGUGUUGUGAAUGCAGAUACGAGGCGGUGGUGAAGAGUUCCUGCUACGAGCUUUCCGCUAAAUCUCUCUGAUUUUGUUCCGCUUUGAGAAAAUGCGACGUCCGCCGAGCUGCACUUUUGCUUAGCUUCCUCGAUAAUGAACUCUUUUUUUCUUAUUUUUUUACAACAUAGCAGUCUUUUUUUAAAACUAAUUUAAGAAAUAUAUAUAUAUAUAUAUUAAAAAAAAAAUGGAUAACGCCAUUAAGACGUUUGUGCAGAUGUGUAAUUAUCUCCAAGAGCCCUGCCAUGUAGCGAGGUUUCAAAAAUUAUGCGGUAUUGAAGGGACGUUUCCGGACAAAACGACCAAGCCGCAGGGUGGACAGUCGGAGUCGGAGGGUCCCGGGCUGAGGAGGAGGCUCCAGGGCUCGGAGGUCGGUGUCGGUAACGGAGAUGCCGCCGUGCCGCAGGUUAACGGGAUGCAGGGCGACGACGCCUCCAGGCCCGGCGAUACAUCAGCAGCUGAGGCCGACCCAGAAACCACCAGAGCCAAACCCCUGCGGAGAAACUCCCUGACCGGGGAUGUGGGUCAGGAGUUCCUGGUGCACAACAAGUUUCUCUUCUACCUGUUCACGUUUGGGACUGAGCUGGGCAACGAGAUGUUCUUCAUCAUCUUCUUCCCCUUCCUCUUCUGGAACAUCGACGCCCUGGUCAGCCGGAGGCUCAUCGUGGUCUGGGCCUGGAACCUGUUCGUGGGACAGUCCACCAAGGACAUGGUGCGCUGGUCCCGGCCGGCCUCGCCUCCCGUGGUGAAGGUGGAGGUCUUCUACAACUCCGAGUACAGCAUGCCCUCCACCCACGCCAUGACGGGCACGGCCAUACCCUUCUGCCUCUUCAUGCUGACCUACGGACGGUGGCAGUACCCUUUCCUCUUCGGCUUCUCCGUGGCUCUCAGCUGGAGCGUCCUGGUCUGUGUGAGCCGAGUCUACAUGGGGAUGCAUUCUGUCCUGGAGGUAAUCACUGGCUUCCUGUACAGCCUUCUCAUCCUCGCAUGCUUCCAGCCAGUCUUGGGCAAGAUCGACAACUACUACAUGACGGACCACUACGCUCCUCUUAUGAUUAUCGUGUCACACGUUAGCCUUGGACUCGUGGCUUUCUCUCUGGAUACGUGGAGCACCUCUCGGGGCGACACGGCCCAGGCGCUGGGCACCGGGGCCGGAGCUGCUCUGGCAACCCACGCGAACUAUCAGCUGGGGCUGCUGCUGGAUCCGCCGCUGUCCUCGCUUCCUCUAACUUUACCUCCGCUCAGCAUCGGCCUGGUGUUACUCUCCCUGCUGCGCUUCCUCAUCGGAGUCGCUGUCAUCCUUGUCACGAGGAUGGCCAUGAAAGCGGUCACUAUACCGUUCCUGUGCCGGCUGUCCGGGCUGCCCACGGACGACGUGAGAAGGGCCCGGCAGCACAUGAGGGUCGAGUUGCCGUAUCGUUACAUUGUCUACAGUGUUGUGGGUUUUGUCUGCGUGUGCGUUGUGCCUCUCCUGUUUAGGAUCUUGAACCUUGCCUGAGCGUCCGCGUGCUAACCGUCACGUCCUGCUGACACGUUCACCGACGCAGCGAAAGCACCCGGAAACAGUGUUUGUUGUUUAGAUGAAGGAUGUGUUUCUGCAUGGCAAAAACUCGUGUAAAGGAUAAAUCAGAUGAUAUUGUCGACGCAUCCCACUAAAAGAUCCAAAAAACCCUUAAAUGAACUGAUCCGCUGAGUAUUGUUUAUGUAGCCAAAGCCUAACGUAGCUUACCACUCCAAAAACUCUGUAAAGGUGAGCUGCACAGCUGCUGGGAACUGGGUCACACACCACUGUAAUAAUAUUUUUUUUUAGCUUAAAGCUGUUUUCAUACACCCUGGAACAUUUCUACACAUCAUUAGAGGACCUGUAUAGGAGAGGGCAAAUAUCACAGUCACAUCAGACAUUAAACAACUUCUGUGUAAGCAAACUGAAAGGCAGGUGAGCACGUCACAUCCUGCUUCCUGAUCACUCUUGCCAGUUGCUAAAUUAAAGAAUAUUUCCAUCAGUGAGAGUGAAACGUAAUAUAUAUAUAUAACCCCCCACUCGUCAUCUGUGCGCGUUAAAUCAGCUUAAAUCUUGUGUCAAAUGUCGUCGUGCUGCUAAAAAUACACCCCUAAAAAUGUAUUUGUAUUGGCUGCCUUGGAAAAUAGUUCAACAACUAAUUCAUUCCUUACUUUUAGUGUUAAUCGAUAUAAACUUCAGACUCUAGCUGUUUUUUUAGGUAUACGCUCACUUAAUCCAGAGAGCCUGGAGGAAAUAUUAAACGUGGCUAACAACGCAGCUAGUUUUCAUCUUUUCAUGGGAUUUGUUGACGCAUCAGAUGCGUAGAAUAUCACCUGCCUUAUCCUUUAACAAUCACCUGUGGUCGACACACUUACGUGUGAACUGGAACAUAGCAAACAAAAUCUAUCGGAUGUACUGUAAAGAUGCUCGUGUUCGUCAGUGACGAAUCCGUUGUACAUUUCCGUCGUUCUUCAAAAUAUAUAGUUCGUAUGUUAUCAGAGUUUCAUGCUCUCAGAAUAAACCAAACAACGAUGCAGUAAAGUCUGAAGUCACCUCACUUCUCAUUUGUUGUCGUGUUUUUAAAUCAAAAGCCUGAAAGCAAUAAGAAGAUACUGAAAGUGUUGGAGCUCUCAGGUGUCAGCGUAGGUAAUGAGCGCUAUUUAAACGUCGAAGACUUUUUAACUUUGUUGUGUCGUCACUUACCAUAUUCAGCAUUAUAUUACCGCCUCUCUUUUGUAUAUUUCGUGUGACACAGAAUUGUUUGUUUGUAAUCCUGGCCCAAAAAGUUAUUUGAAUGGAGAGAAUCAAGAAAAAACAAAUAUUUUUGAUAAAUUAUUUUAUCAGUGUGAUCAGCCGAGUUGCUGCUCUAUAGGGAAGAAAUUUUACUACUAGAAAUUCCAGAGACAUUUCAUCUGUUUUUAUUCUGCAGAAUAUAAACACUUGGAACUUGUUUGAUUGUUGUAAUGGUUUGUAAUUUGUUGUAAUGUUUUAAUUAUGGCUAACUGAAUUAUUAAACUCAGAAUAUUAACCCUCAACUUACUGUGUUUCAUGAGAACUUGUAGGACUGUUUAUGGGUCUGCUGUCCUCAUCAACUCUCCCAUCACUUUCCUUUGUUAUGCAAGGACUGUGUCUGAAAACCUAUGGAAGAAAGAACAAAAAAUAAAACACUUUAAAAAGUU